GGAGAAUAAAAAUUUCUUUUCCAGUCCUCUGGAGCGCCCCUUCUUAUCUCUCGCGCUCCCUCUCCCUCGAAAGCCCACUCACAAACAAAGCCACCGAAGCUUAUCGCUGCGUUUAUUGCUUCUCUCUCUAUUCUAUUCCAUUCUCCAACCCUAGAUACAGGUUUCGCCAUGAAAGGAGCUAAAGCAAAGGGGAAGGCUGAGAACAAGCUCGCAGUGAAGGCUAAGCCUACGAAAAAAACUAAAGCCGUCAAGGAUCCGAACAAACCGAAGAGGCCUCCCAGCGCUUUUUUCGUCUUCAUGGAGGACUUUCGCGUAACUUAUAAGAAAAAGAAUCCAGCAAACAAGUCUGUUUCCGAAGUUGGUAAAGCCGGCGGGGCAAAAUGGAAGACCAUGACCGAAGCUGAAAAAGCUCCCUACGUCGCUACUGCUGAGAAAAGGAAGAAGGAAUACGGUAAGAAAUUGAAGGAGUAUGAAAACAAACAGAGUAACGCUACUGCGGACGAGGAGGAAUCUGACAAGUCAAAGUCUGAGGUCAACGACGAUGAAGACGACGAAGAUGGAAGUGACGAUGGUGAUGAAGACGAAGACUCUGAUUAAAAAUCCCCUGGCCGAGACGUGAUGGCUGAUAUAUUUUGCUGAAGCGUUGUGCGAUAGUGGAAGGAUGUUCUAAAGAAACGUUUGGCUAUGGGAUUAAUUAACUAGCCUAUAGUAGUAGUUGCUCUUUCCUAUUUUCUUUCCCUUUUUAUGUUUUUUGGAGGAGUGUUGGAUGGGAUAGAAAAAUGGGUACUCAGUCCAAGUUGGGAGUAUUUGGUUCAAUCCAUUGCUCCAUGUACUUUACUAUUAUGAUGAAUAUUACGAUUUUAAUCCAUUGUUAUGCUUAUGAUUGGCAAUUAUACGCUCCACGAAUUUUACAUGAAUUAGUUUGGCUCUUGAUUUGGAUUUCCAGAUUUAGUCUGUUUUCAUUUUGUCUUAUAGAGG